AUGCUGAUUUACCUUUCAGGGCUUGUUGGCUUCCUGCUAGUCUUCACAGCUGAGGCCAGAGUCGGAAACUCGUCGGAGUUAAAUGUCUGCACCGAGACAGAACAAUGCCUGCUGUUCGAUCUGAUUUGUAAAACUGAUGAUUACGAAGUCCGUCACUACGACUCAGUCAAUUGGGUUUCAACUGACGAAAAAAGCUGGAGCAUGGACUACGCAUCAAUAAAAGCAUUCAGACGACUGUUUGGCUACAUCAAACGAAAUAACAUUAAAAUGACGGCUCCUGUUACUUUGAAACUCUCUGACAAAACGUCCUUCUUUCGAACGGGUAUCUACACAAUGAGUUUCUUGCUGCCGGUUGAACAUCAACAAAGUCCCAUCCAACCUACUGAUGAAAAGGUGUACAUCAACAAAGUCCCAGAUAUGAAAGUGUACGUGCGGAGCUACGGAGGAUGGAUGAUGAGCUGGACCGACAGAAGCCAAGCCAAAACUCUGUCCUCUGCCCUAGAUUCAGUGGGUGCAGAGUACAACGGUAGCUUCCACUACGCUGUUGGAUAUAACAGUCCGAUGACAUUGUUCAAAAGGCACAAUGAGGUGUGGUACGUCGUUCAGGAUGAGCCGGUGUGUGGCAGCAGUGAGGAAAGGGAUAUGUCUCAUAUCUCUUGAAUAUUAUAAACAGUGUGCAAUGACGGCUUACAGUUAACAUGCUAUAUGAAGAGAUGUUUUAGCUGGACUUUGCCUCAAGUCCUAAAAUGUCAUAUAGAUAACUUGCCAGCAAGAGCACCGAUUUUAAAAAAUGC